UUUCGCCACCGAGAUUCAGUUCGAAUUGAGCACUCGACGCGAACGCGACAACUGGCGGAGUAAAUCGGAUAAUAAAUCAGGAUAAGGAUAACUAGAAUACGGAAAUUAUAGAGCCUAACAGCUCCGUCGCGUUAUGUCUACGGCCUUCCUCGUGGACAGUCUCCUGCACGCCCAGCAGACCUACACGGAGAGCCAGCUGAAGUCCAGCCUGAGCGAGAUGCUCCUGUCGCGUCGUCCGGGCGCGGAUCCUGCCGAUCCGGCCGCCGAGUCCUCCGAGGGCUGCGGCUGCUCCAAGGUGCGCGGCUACAAGUGUGAUAAGUGCCGCGAAAUCCGGGCGGAGAGUGUGGACAGCGUCGAGGAGAUGGACGAGGACGACGGGUCCUCCUCCACCGACGAGAUCGUCGCGGACAUCGGCAGUGUCGAGGGCGAGGAGCCGCACAUGGACCUCGACGAGGAGCUCGAGGACGAGCUGGCCGAGGUGGACGAGCCGGAGGCAAUCAAAUUGCCCAAGGUGGAGCCCAAGGAGUCCGGCAUCCCGGCGGUGGGCAGCACCAUCCUCAAGGAUACCAACAGCAAGCCCAUACUCAAGUUCAGUGUCAGUGCGAUCCUGGGGGACACGAGGGAAGGAGUCCGCGUCAGAAAUGAGUUCAUGCAACCGCAGCAUAUAUGGCCUUAUCUGCAGCAAAACUUCAUGCAGCAGCACUCGCAUCAAUAUCAGCAACACCAUCAGCAGCAGCAGCAUCCCCACCAGCAACACCAACAGUUGCCAGUGCCAGGACAUCCGCAUCCCCAUCCGCAUCCUCAUCCGCAUCACCAUCAUCACCAUCACCAUCCGGGGGCGGGGCACGCCCACUUUCCGCAUCCCGCAUUUCUAACGCAUCAACUGCCGCCUCAUCAGCAACAGCAACUCCAACAGCAGCAACAGCAGCAGCAGCAACAUCAGCAGCAACAUCAGCAGCAUCCCGGCAAUAGUUGUCAACCGCAAACCGCAUCCUCGUCGUCGUCACCUGGCAGCACAAUUAGUGAUAGCGACAACAAUCACGGCGGAUCGGGUGCCACUGCCAAUGGGAAUUCUGGCCAGGAUGGUCGACCGCACGAGCUCUCCAAUCCGAGUCUGAAUCCGGAGGAGGAGGGCGCCAGUCGAAGAUUAACGCAAGACAAGCAGCAGCAGCAGUUGCUCGGCGCCGGAGGAGGAGUCGCAGGGGGAGGAGGAGGAGGAGGCCAUAGUCAUGGUCAUCCGACGCCCCCUCCUCCGCCUCCGCCGCCGGUCAUUGCCAAGCCGAUGCCCAGUCGCCCCACGCCCUUCCUGCCGCACACCCUCAACCACCCGCACCUCCACUCGCUGCUCGCCCACUGCCGCAAUCCCUACAUAAGUGUUGGCGCCCAAGUGUUUCCCCUGCCUCCUGGCCAAGGAUUUCCCUGGGCCCACUCGACACGUGGCAAGCCUCGCCGUGGCAUGAUGCGACGUGCCGUCUUCUCAGAUUCCCAAAGGAAAGGACUGGAGAAGCGGUUCCAGCAGCAGAAGUACAUCAGCAAGCCGGAUCGCAAGAAGCUGGCCGAGAGAUUGGGAUUGAAGGACUCUCAGGUGAAAAUUUGGUUUCAAAAUCGGCGGAUGAAGUGGCGAAAUUCCAAGGAGCGUGAGCUUCUGGCCAGUGGAGGAUCCCGAGAUCAAACGCUGCCCAACAAGAACAAUCCCAAUCCCGAUUUGAGCGACGCCAAGUGCGAUCGUCCACUGACGCCCAUCUCACCCUCUCUUUUGUCGCCCAACGGAAGUGCCACGCCCCCGCCAGGGGCGGUGGCCAAGGACGAACCGCCGGCGGCGGCUGUAACCCCAAAAUCCCCGCAAUCCGCCAGCAGCAGGAGUUCUCCAUCGCUGGGCUACGGCCUGCAGAUCAGCUCACCACCUCCGCUCCUCACCAGCCUAAAAAUGGGCGAUCAGUCAGCGGCUGCCACGCCCACUCCUGUAGCCGGAACCACGGUCUCCUCCGCCGCCUCCUCGCCGCCCAGUGCGGCGGAGUUCCAGGCCAAGAUAAACGCCGAGAUGCAGAAGCAACUGGUGGCCGCCGAUCUCAAGUUCAAGCUGGAGAACAGCAUCCAGGAGGCCAAGCAGCGGAGGUUCGAGCAACUGCAGCAGCAACUGCACCACUCCCCACAUUUCAGUGCCAUGAGGGAGGUGGAACUGGCCGCCGCCGCUGCAGCUGCGCAACUGCAUCACCACCACCAGCAGCAACAGCAACAGCAGCAGCAGCAGCAGCAGCAACAUCAGCAGCAGCAACAUCAACAGCAACAGCAUCCACAGGGCUCCGAGUUCAUGAAGCUCUACUACGAUGACUACGACGACUCGAAUUCGGAUAGUGACGAGGAGAUCAGCGUAACGUGAUUCGUCACUAUUCAAAUGGGAGGGGAACUGCAGCAGGUCGUGUACAUAUAUGUUUUAAUUGUAAAUUUAUUGAUGCAUUCUAAUUACUGUAUUUAAUAUGUGUAUAAUAUUUUUUCGAAUUUAAAUUCCCAAGCGAAAUAAACUUCUUUGAACAAUUUA